AUGCGCAUAGAUCAAAGUGUCGGAAAAGGUCUGAGUCAAUGAGUUCUGAAAGCAGUGUGGAUAUGUUAAGAACUCAAAAGCCAGACACUUUUGUACACAACGAAGAGUAUAGGAGACAGGGUAAGGCAUUAGAUGCAGGUGUCUUACAGACCAAGGGUAUAUCAGACACUCAUGAUAAUGACAUAAAUAGACACGAUAAGUCUUCAAGCCUGAGAAAUGUAAAUAAUGUUCAAGAAUUCAUUGAACAUUUGGCAUCAGAUGUGAACAAUAAUAAAUAUAGUGGAAUGUUUCCUUAUUCCUCAGAAAAGAGGCGACAAAGAGAGAGAAAAUGUAAAGAUAGAGUACACAAUUACAGUGAGAAUUAUUAUGAUAACAUGCUACAGGCUCAAGCAAGACUGCUAUUCAGUGAAAAUCUGAAGCCUAAAUGUCCAGUAAAUAUCACAGAAAGUGGUGGACCACAAACAUUUGCAAAGAGAAAGAUACUUAGUGUGGCCCCAUGUGAAUAUGGCCCAUACACUACAAGCAGGAAUUCAUACAUUGAUUCAGGGUCUGUUCAGUAUUCAAUGGGAAAAAGUGGUCUUAGUGGUGUUGGUGUUUAUACUGGUAGUGAAGCGGGAACAGGUGCAUACAGCAGGCUGGGUGUAGGUAGCCCUUGGGGCAUAGAGCCUACCCCUACAGUUAGGUCAGGUGUGGAUACUCAAUGGCAGAGAAAAGAGACCCACCAUGGAGAAGCUGGUAAUAUCCAGGCACAAGUUCCUCGACACUUGAUGCAGGACCCUAAACGCACAGAAGGUUCUGAAGUGGACAUUCAGUGGAAGAGACAAAUGCUGGAUCACCAAGAUGCUAGUAUUCUUCGCGGGCAGGCCCCUAGUCUUCUGCGGAAGGCACCUAGUCCUCAGUUGCUGUCACCUAGUCUUCUGCGGCAGACACAUAGUCCUCAGUUGCUGUCACAUAGUCUGCGGCAGGCACCUAGUUCUCAGUUGCUGUCACCUUGUCUUCAGCAGCAGAAUCCUAGUCAUCAGUUGUUGGCGUCUAGUCUUCAGCAGCAGGCACCUAGUCUUCAUUUGCUUUCACCUAGUCUUCAAUGGCAGGCACCUAGGCUUGGACGACUGACACCUUCUUGCACUGUUGGAUCCGGUGUGGACAUAGAAUGGCAGGAGGCAGUCAACAACCGAGGAGCUGCCGACGUGGUGGAUGUCAACAAUAACCCGGCAGGUGGUGGAAGCUACACAAACCCGACCAUCUACAAGCCCAGAUUCAAUGGGACCAGCUAUAGUGCCCCAGUAACCCCAACCCAAGGAACCCCGACCCGAGGCACAAAUUUGUCAGAUGGUGAAUUUCAGUUGUUGGAUUUCAACAAAAAUCUUAUUGGAUCCCCAGCAAUAUCCCAGCCUACUGGCCAGGCUAGAAGGAAAAGGCCAAGCCCACUGGCCAAAGGUGUUGUUCCUCUGAAAAAACGCUUUGAGGAUAAAACUGGUCUCUGUAGGGAGAACACGGGUAAAACCAGCCCUGGUAGAAUGGAGAAGGGUAAAACCAGCCCUGUUGAAGCGGACAAAGGUAAAACCAGCCCUGGCGAAGAUGAAAAUGGUAGAACCAGCCCUAAUAAAGCUGGAAUGGGUGAAACUGCCACAAUUCACAAGAAAGGACGAAGGAAAACUAGCACGCCAGAUGAAGAAGGGAGGUACCCCUGUAAGACAUGUCACCGCCGAUUUAAGAAGCCGUACCUAUAUACACACCAGAAAGUUGUCCAUGCAAGGAAACAGUGGGUCUAUGUGCCUUCUCUCGCUGCAAAAGCCAAGCCAGCAAAGAAGUAGAUGAUUUCUUUAGAAUGUGUCUUUUUGCAAGAACUACUUACUGCAUCUCGUGUGAGCAGAGCCAGGGUCGUAUUCAUACAACUUCUUUUAAACUUAUAAGUCAAAUUCAUAAAAAUUUCAAAGUCAUGUUUUAAGUGUUUAUUUUACAUAAAAGUAUGUAAAAUAUUCAAUAACAAUGAAAGAAAAUUAAGUAUUACAGAUAUAAUUAAGUUAUUAUAUCAUGUAACAUGCGAGAUGCUUAACUGAGGAAAAUGACUUACAUGUAAGUUACAAACUGGCUUAAGAUAGUUAAUGAAUACCAGGCUAGUUCGAUAAAAAAUAAACCGUUCAAAACUUUUGUCAGCCCUCUCAGCCAGUUUUCUUGACUUUUCUUAUAGGUAGACAGGAAAUAUUAUCGUUCUCAAUAAUAUUUAGAAUAUAAGGUUUUCAGGAAGUGUUGUGCCUUUUUUAUCAACAGUUCUAAGAGAAUUAUAUGUUGUAUGGAUAAAGAAAUAUUUUGAUUACUUGAAAAUCAUGUUCCUAAGUGUUUUUUUCGUUGUUCCCUUUUGUUGCCGCAUUUCACACUAUUCAAUUUGCCUAUUUAAUAAGUUUUAGAUCUUCAUUCAAUACCAUUAUAUGGUGAUAAAAACUUUUCUUCAAGAUAUUUUGGUACAAAAUCUGGUUAAAAAAGUAUCCGCGAAAAGGCCUUUAAGAAAGAACUUACUUUUUAAGCAUGUUUAACUGCUUGUAAU